AUGGCCGCCCCUAGCUCGAAGUACGACAACUAUGAUUUUCCACCACUGCGCCGGUUGCCAACACUGGCCACCCUGGCCACACCACCCCAGAGCAGGAUGCAAAGGCUGGACACUUUGACUUUGCUCCGCUUUUUGAGGGCGAGAAAGUUCGACGUUGCCCUUGCUAAGACCAUGUUCGUCGACUGCGAAAAGUGGCGGAAAGAGUUCGGCACUGAUGAUCUGCCUCGCACUUUCGACUACAAGGAGAAACCGGAGGUGUUCAAAUUCUAUCCUCAGUACUACCACAAGACGGAUAAGGACGGAAGACCUGUCUACAUCGAGAAGCUGGGCAAGAUCGAUCUUACCGCCAUGUACAAAAUUACCACCGCCGAGCGCAUGUUGCAGAACCUUGUCACUGAGUACGAGAAGCUUGCCGACCCCCGACUGCCCGCCUGCUCUCGGAAGGCAGGCAAGCUGCUGGAGACUUGCUGCACCAUUAUGGACUUGAAGGGCGUCGGUAUCACAAGCAUCCCAUCCGUAUAUGGAUAUGUUCGUCAGGCCUCUGCCAUCUCGCAGAACUACUACCCCGAGCGUUUGGGCAAGCUCUACUUGAUCAACGCCCCUUGGGGUUUCAGCGGUGCUUUCAACGCUGUUAAGGGCUUCCUUGACCCCGUGACUGUCGAAAAGAUUCACAUCCUUGGUUCUAACUAUAAGAAGGAACUGUUGGAGCAAGUCCCUGCUGAGAACCUCCCCGUGGAUAUCGGUGGUACUUGCCAGUGCGAAGGCGGCUGUGAGCUGAGUGACCAGGGCCCCUGGCAAGAUCCACAGUGGGCCAAGGCGCCCAAGUGGGCUACUCCCAAGGAGGACGAAAACAUCGUGAAGAAUGAGGAUCCUGGCCUCGAGCAGAAGGUUGAAACGCAAGAAGCUUCUCAGCCCACUGCAUAG